AUGUCGACGCCGCUCCUGUCGCUAUAUUUCGAAUUGAGCUGGUCGAUUCUGAGUACCAUUGGUGCCGUCAACGUGAUUCUUGGCUUCCUCAUCGUCGGAAUCACAACCUUCUCCCAGAUUACCGCGGUGCCGAUCAUAUCGUCAGCUGCUGGCGCCAUCGCCAACGGGCUUUGCUACUAUGCAUUUUACGAUGAGACGUACUCACUGAAAAACAAAGCUGCCGCCUCGGUGUUUGGUGAUAUAUUCUGGAUGAUUCAAGAAGUCGGAUUGUCCUUCUAUAGCUACGUCCUUCUCCGAAGGAUUCUAAAGGACAUGGGCUGGAAGAUCUUCAAUACCUUGUUCUGGAUCAUGGUUCUCUCAAUCAUAUCAAUACGCAUCAUGAUCGCCGUCUCACGCGCCAAAUUCAUCUUGAGGGGUAAUACGAACUUGCAAAGCACCGUCAACAACUUACACAUCGGUUACUUUGUUCUCAUAGCUUCCCUUGAGUGCAUCAGCUCCUUCUUCUUGCUCAAGACGUUUGCUGAAGUCAAGUCGACAUCCUUGAGGGCAGCUCUGAAGGGAGGCUUGUUCAAAUACCUCAUGCGAAGCACUGAAGUCCGGGUGGCCACGCUGGCUUUGAUUGGAACCAUGCGAGCCGUCACAUAUUCAUUCCAGGUUGCGGCCCAGAGUGCGACGAAUGCGGCGAGCCAGAUUGAUCGCUUCGCAUAUACACUAGAAUGUCUAUUCCCUGUGGUCAUGUUCAUUGACAUUCUGGCAUCUAAACUCGUCUUCACGACACAGGUCUAUCACCCAACACAACCAAGUCGAUCGCCACUUAGGGGAUUUGCAUCAUAUCAGAAGCAGAAUGAUUGGUAUGCUGCCACGCAACACAGCGAGAGGCUGGUCGAGGUUCGCGGUGGCAGGCGGACGAGUUCCCAGGAGGACAUCAUCAGCGCUGGUCCGUCAAGUUCCAACAUCGGUCUCGAUGGAAUCGAACCGACAUCACUGGGAGGGAUCAACAAAACGGUGGAGAUAAGCGUGUGGCACUCGAUGCCGGCGAGACCAGACAACCAGGCGCACUUCUUGACGUCUCCAUAG